AUGACCUAUAUAAAUUUGAUAUACCUUGGAUUGUUGACGAAACGCGUACCUAUCAUCGGCAUGUUCACGCCUUCUCACAUAGGAGGUCAUGUACCCCCGAUCAGCUUCGGGGAUGUUUUCGAUGUCCCUCGGCUGGCACAAGCAAUCAAUUCGCCGGUUCUGGAGUGGUACCAAGUGAAAAACAAAAGCAGCGGAGAUUUUGAUGAAAUUGGAUGUUGGAGUGUGUGGCAAGCCGUACAGGACCGUGAACAAUCAGCUCGCGGAAGCGUUUUGACGAAUAUUCUGAAGCUCGAUAUUUCGUACACAAAAGCCCCCACUUGGAUUAAAGUGAUUCCACGUUAUGAACACGAUCAACACAGUUCAUUUGCGGCUUUGGCAACAUUGGGAUUCCCGGAAACGCGAAUUGACAACGCAGGAGAGCCUGACGAGUCACCACAGCAUCGCCUCAAAUUACCACCAGACGAUCAACUUCUUUGUUACGAUUAUUUAUACUACGUCUGUGCCCACCAGCCCUACGAGUUUGACUUUGAUUUCAGUCCGGCGUGGUUAUUUGUUGGCCAGUACAUGCAUUGGACACCUAAGUUAGAGGCACUUGCAGAUCAAUAUUUGAGAAGAGCAUUUGGAACCCAAGAAAACGAGACAACGCCUCCUUGGAUCGCGAUACACAUUCGCCAUGGAGAUUUUGCUGCUUAUUGUGGAGAUCUUCCUCUCGACGACUGUUUUGCUCCGUUGUCAGUCAUCGCUCGACGCGUUGAAGAAGUGAAACAAGAAAUUCUUGAUAGAAAGGGUAUUGCAGUCGAGCAUGUCGUGAUGACAAGCGACGAAAGGAAUGCGACGUGGUGGGAAGGUGUCACAGCGCUGGGAUGGUACGGACUUGAUCACUCACAAACUGUGGAACUUUACGGAGAUUGGUACCCUGUUCUGAUUGACGCUGUCGUGCAGGCCGGUGGGCUUGGAUUUGUUGGCACUGAUCGUUCAACAAUGUCUAUACUGGCUCGUCGAAGAGUACAGUCCUGGAAAGGAGGAGCAGGAAGAAUGGUUAAGUGGGGUUCUGUAGGAGCAGAUGACCACUGA